ACGACUUGAUAAUAGGUCCACCAUUAUUGUUUGAUACUCAAAUACUCUCUUCUUCUUUUCCUUCUCUGGUCUUCUCUCUUUGAAUUGAAUUAUGAAGAAGUUGUGUCGGAAUCUUGAUCGAGAGGAUGGGCUUGAAACUGUGCUUGAAGUCCCAAUUCCAGAGGAGAUUUUCAUCAGCAAGAACAGGGCAUGGCAGAACAUGAAGUCAUGGAUGAAGCCAAACGCUGAACCCACAUCAUCAUCAUCAUCAGUAUUCGGAGGCAAAACUACAGAGAUCCAACUAUUGUUGGGUGUUAUUGGAGCACCAUUACUCCCCUUCCCUAUAAGCUCUCAUAACAACAACCAACCCAUCAUCUCUCGCAACAUCAAACACCAUAAUAACAUUGAGGGUUCAAUGGCGAAAUAUAUUGUAAAGCAGUACGUGGCAGCAGUGGGAGGAGAAAGAGCUUUAAACUCGGUAGAAAGCAUGUAUGCAAUGGGUCAGGUGAGGGUAGGGAGCUCGGAGUUCUGGGGAGGGGAAGAAGGUGUUAUGAAGAAGAAAAAGAAAAAGAAGAGGACGACAAAGGAGGUGGCUGCGGCGGCGGGGGAGAUGGGAGGGUUUGUGGUGUGGCAGAAGAAGCCGGAGUUGUGGUGCUUGGAGCUGGUGGUUUCCGGUUACAAGAUAAGUGCCGGCAGUGAUGGAAAAGUUGCUUGGAGGCAAACACCUUGGCAUCAUUCUCAUGCCUCUAGAGGGCCCCCACGACCACUUAGGCGUUUAAUUCAGGGUAUUGAUCCAAGAUCCACUGCCAAUCUUUUCAACAACUCAAUAUGCAUUGGCGAGAAGACAGUGAACAAUGAAGAAUGUUUCACACUAAAACUAGAAGCAGAGUCAGCAUCACUUAAAGCAAGAAGCAGCAGCAAUGUAGAAAUAAUCCAACACACACUAUGGGGCCAUUUCAGCCAGAGAACAGGCCUUCUUGUUCAAUUACAAGACUCCUACUUGCUCAAACUCAAGUCCUCGCCGUCAUCCCAAUCCUGCGACGCGCCCGUAUUCUGGGAAACCAACAUGGAGUCCCUAAUACAAGACUACAGAGCCGUGGACGGCAUCCAAAUCGCGCACGCCGGGAAGACAUCCGUGUCGUUGUCAAGGUUCGGAGCCGAGGGGCCGAAUGGUUUUUCUAGGACAAGAAUGGAAGAGACAUGGAAAAUUGAAGAAGUGGAUUUUAAUAUUAAAGGCUUGUCCAUGGAAUGUUUCUUGCCACCUAGUGAUUUGAAGAGAGGUGAACAACAUAAAGCAGGGGAAGUGGCUACCACCAUUACUACUACUUCUACUACAAGCAACAAUAAUAAUAACAAUGCUAAUAAGUUGCCAUUUAAGAUUCGACAAGCUUCUUUUAAGAUUAGUGCUUCCAAAGUAGCUGCUGUUAACUUGGAUGAUUCAAGUGAUGAAAGUGAAAGUGAUGAGGACGUAAUGAUCCAAGAGUGAGACACAUCUUGUAAUGCAAAUUAAAUUUGCUUGUGUUCCUUUUGUAAAUACACCAUCCCAUUUCUAUGAUGGUGCUUGCUUGGUCAAGUUUUUAGGCUAGUUGUAGCAGCACACAUAUAUAGAAGUUAUGUAACUUAAUUCCUUUUUACUUCUUAAUUAAUUAAUUAGUUAUUCUAUUCCCAUCUAAGGGAAACCUUAAAAACAAAAGGCUAUAUAAAAUCCAGUAUUGA